UCGUGGCAACACUGGGCAACCAAGCCAAAGCAAGGCAAUAUCAAGCUCUUGGUUGGCAUCCGUAAGUACUCCUACCUAGGAUUUCCCCCCUUUUGUGGUAAUCGGCAUUAAAAGCGUACAGUAUUGUUUACAUCGCAAAAUUCGUAAUGCGUAAAAUAUCUAAAAGUCGUGCAGACGAUGAUGUGAUAUCGUCGACGAAUGGGUCUGUUGAUAAUAAUGAUGCCAAUGAUGCCAUUGAUGAUCAUGCCGACGCGGUACGCCAAGCUGACCCAGAUCACCCUGACGAAAAAGAGCCUGCAUCUGAAUCAACUGAAAAUGUCGAAUUAAAUGAGGAUGUAUCAACAAGUACCACCAAAGAGACUCCCAAAAAAGGAAAAGCUAAAAAGACCAAAAAAAGGAAAUCGGAGAAAAAUACCGCGGACCAAGAAUACGAGGUUGAGAAAAUUGUUGAUUCCAAAAAGAUUAAAGGGAAACUGCAUUAUCUAAUACGUUGGAAGGGUUAUUCUGCUGACAGUGACACCUGGGAACCUGAGAACACUCUUUCUUGUGCUGAAUUGAUAAACAAGUAUAAUGAUGAGAAGGAGAAUUCAAAGAAUAAAGUAAGUAAAGCAGAGAAAAAGAACAAUAAAAGGAAAGCUAAAAAGGAAACCAAAGUACCAGCAAAAAGAGCUAAAAACUCCUGGGAUGGUAGCAAUGCUGAUGAAAAUGCUGAGUAUGAAGUGGAACGGAUCUUAGAGGUUCGUCACAAGAAGAAUGGGAAAAGAGAUUUCUUCAUUCACUGGAAGGGAUGGUCAAGUAAAUUUGAUUCAUGGGAGCCAGAAAAUAACUUAAAUUGUCCUGAGUUGAUUAAGAAGUUUAUGGAUAAGGUGAGCAGGGCUCGAUCUGUGGACUCUCGAAACCUAAGAGUGGCUCCUGAAACGACAAACCGAUUCACAUUGCAGGACCCUUCAUCUGGACGUCGACUGAGCAAAAGGCGUGGUCAGCGUCAGAGAGUGCGUUACGACAAUGCUGAGUAAUGAUGUGCGCAAUAUCUGAAUUAUAGGAUGGUAUGUUUGUGUACCAAAUUAAUCUAUACUAUAUACUAUAAUAUUAUAAAACUGAAGAGUUUGGUUGUUUGUUUGCUUGAACGCUCUUAUCUCAGGAACUACGGAUCCGAUUCAAUGUUACAUAGCACAUUUAUCUAAGCCUUUAUAAAUAAGAAUUUAUAUAAAGGCUAGGCAACGUUUUUAUCCGGGUUCGUGUAGAAAUUACCACAUGAUGCGGGUGAAACCGCUGGCAGAAGCUAGUCACAAAUAAAGAAUGUAAAGUCUUGCAGUUUUAAAUUUUUUAUGAAUAUAUGAAUGGCAGAAAUUGUUUAAUUGUAAUAGCAUUCAUUUGUGUACAGUGAGUGGCUCUAAUUAAAUCUGGUUAUACUCAAAUAUACCUUGUUGAAAAAUGGUGGAGUCAGAGUUAUAUUACCAUAAUUUACAUUUAAUCAGAGCCGCUAUUUAUGUGAUUGUGUUAUAAAGAUUAUAUACAAUGACUGUUUUUCGCAAUCCAUAUCUGACUUCUGACCAGAGUUUGUGAGGUCACCAUAUUGUACUGGUGUGCUAAUGUGAUGGUGAUGAGCACUGGUCAGCAAGUACUCUGAGAUUAAUUUCGGAACACAGACUUAUUAUUAAUAUGACAGCAAGGCGGAGGUUACACGCGUUAUUCUGGUGAACCAUUUUUCCAAUCUAUCAUUCAGCUGUAGAUUUAUACGUCAUCAAAGUCUCUAACUGGUAGAAUGAGCUUGUAACCACCACCUUUACAAAAAAUAUUUUAGCAAUAUUGGCGGACAUACUGAUAUACAAUAAUUUCCUUUUCAUCUGUGAAUUAUAUUUCGAGUUGAAUAUAUAACUGAACUGCAAACGUCAUGAAGAACCAAUAUUGAGAUAGGAAUGCAAGAAGCAAGACUAUAUUUUUUUCUCAGAAUCUCAGUUUCCGAAUUGUCUGGCUACAUAUUUGGCAUAGCUUCAUCAUCAUGCUAUUCAAGUGGAUCUCUUUUUGAACAUCUGUCCUACGAUAGUAGGAAUCCUUCGUUUACGAGCAUUAAUUUGCAUGGAAAUUUUCCACCUGACGGACCUUUACCGGCAAGAACGCUGCUUUUGUAGGCCAGUCCCCAGUAUUAGGUGCAGCAUGUUUGACUUCCUGAACUGGAUCCGUCAUUUCGCUGAAAAAGCAGUUUCAAUUCCCCCUAUGCCUUACCUCAGACUUCCAAACUUUGUCUUUAGCUCUUUUAACCUGCCUCACUAUAGUCUAGCUGGAUGUAGCGACGAGCAGCCGGCUGCGUGUCUAUUCGACAAUUAUUUGCCGAAAUUUCGUUCUCGAAAAUCCUUCAAUCCUUAGCCUAAGUCCAAAGACCCAUUUAUAAAUAAUCUGUGCUUUGUGCACAGAAAAAUGGAGUAUUAAUAUUUAAAGUCACAGCAGGAUAGAUGAUGAUCUUAUGUAAAACAUUAUUGAGAGGCAUACGCAGUAUGUUAGGCAACAUCUUUUUUUGAGAUGGUUUAAAAUGAUUAUAAUUAAAGUAACCUACAUAUUAUUAUAUCGUUCGCUAACAGUGCUGAUCAAUUAUGCAAAAAGAAUAUUACUUUUAAAAUAAUUUUGAGCUACAAACUGUACUAAGUACACAAUUAUCUAGUGAUUUUGUAUGCAAUUUUAUGACUGCUGUAUCAUACAUACAUAAAUGUAGUUGCAUUUCUUUAUUUUAUGUAACGUAGACAAAAUCGAAACAGGUUUAUACUACGGCACCACUGAUUUAAUAAUGGGAUCGACAUAAACGAUUCAUAUAAAUGGUGCUGUUAUAGUUUGUACUUUCUACCGAAUGCAUGAUUGAAAUGCGUUUAGUGUUUUCAGGAAACAUAGUUUAUUUCCUUUCACCUUUUUACACACGAAAACAUUAUUAUAAAGUCGGUAUCAUAAAAACAUGUUUUUAUACAUACAUAAUAAUUUAAGUGAAAAGUUAUAUGUAAAGGUUGAUAACACUGAGAAUUUAUUUUUUAAGAGCAAGCAAACUAUAACUGUACCGCACCAAUGCACACAACUGUUAUGCUUUCUACUUCUAUACAUGUUUAAGAAAAAUAAUUAAACAACACGUCAUCUCCGAGGCUACGGUUUUUGUCUUUUUUCAGAACUAUGAAAACCACGUAGUGCCUAUGGACGGCGCGUUUAAUCGUAGCAAACGUAGCCGUAGCGCGUAGCUACGUGUUCUUUAAACACUUUUUUAAGCAUGUACGCGCAUGUGUUUCAUACAAAUAUAUAUUUAUAAGUCAAAUUAUCGGUCCCAUUAUAAGAAUGAAUAAUAUUAGUUAAUGUAAAAAUUGAUUGCUCGUUACUAUACUAGAUUUAUUUUUAUCUUAUAAGCAAAUACUGUAGGGAUUGAUGUAUAACUUUCAUUUUGAAAAAUAUACAUAGAUAUACUAAGCCUUUAUUUAGAUUUUAAAGAAGUCCUAUAUACAGUCUCGGAAUAAAAACGUUGGCCAUAAUCAUGGCCUGGCCAGCUCGUUAGUGGGGGGACUGUCACACUGACAGUACUCAGUGGUGGGUGAUUACUAAGCGCCCAGUUUUAUUGUUUUAUUUUGGGGUCAACUCACACCGAAAUAGUCAGGAUCUUUUUUUGUUAGGUUGGGCUUAUUGGUUGUGAGGGUUGGGUUAUUUUUGAGUUUGAAAUAACCUCAAUAAUAUUAAUCAUCAUAAUAAUCAAUUUAUAUUUAGUGUGGUUUUAACAACAAAUUGCGAACAUCAAAGGUGUCAUAGAUACUUUUGCUCCUUUUAGGUGUUGAUUUGCCAUCAUUUUAAUAUUUUCUAUAAGGUCAGCGUUUUUAUUCCGAAACUGUUAUGUUAAAAAAUUAAGUGGUUUAAUGUGUGCAUUUCAUUUUUAACUUCUGUACUAAAGUAGAUAAUAUAAUGAAAGAAGAUUGAAAUAAA